AUGAGUCAAACAAACGAAUCUUCUUCAACUUCUGAAUUAUUAGAAGAAUUAAAUAAUGAUUCAGUAACGCCUAAAUCUCAGAUAGACAAUAUAUCAAAUGAAAUCAAUCAAUGCGAUGAUGGUGAGCAAAAUAUAACUACAGAUCAGUCUUUGUCUUCAACAAUAAAUGAUUUCGAUGAAAAAGAAUGUAUUCUAUGUUUUAAAUUAAUUCCCAAAAUGAACUAUGAAACUCAUGUACAAUCGUGUUUACCUACAACUCCUAAUAGUUAUCAACCUAAGACAACUAAUCAACUAAAACAUGAUGUUUGUUUUAAUUGUUCAUCUAUAAUAAAUAUGAAUGAUGAUUCUGGAUUUUUAAUUCCAUGUCGAUUUCAUCAUCUAUAUUGUUUUCAAUGUUUAUGUAAAUCAAUGAAUGAAUAUUUAAUCUCUAAAACAACACCUAUGUGUCAUAGAAUUCAUUGUAAUUAUCAAUUAUCGCGUUAUGAUCUUAUAUGUAUUCCAUUAACACAACGAAUGUACCAAAAAUUACUUUCUUUGAUUCAAAAUCAACAACGUCCUCAAUGUCCUAGUUGUCAUUUCUAUAUUGACUUUAAAAAUAUCAAUGAUCUUGAUGAACAUAUUGAAUUUUGUCAUCCAGAAGAUUUUCUUCCAUGUGAAUAUUGUUAUUGUCCACAGAAGAUUACUUUGUAUGAAGAACAUUCUCAACAAUGUCAUCAUGAUCAAACAGGACGACAACAAAAAUUAGUUGAAUUUAUUUUAUCUCGAACAAAAUAUCCAUUUAGUGUUCAACAAAUUGAAUUUUUUAUUGAAACUCAAAAGAAAACGAAAAAAAUUCUAAAUGCAUUAAAUAUUGUCGAACAACUUGCUGAAUUUGAUGAUAUUUUUCCAAUGGAACUUCCAACUCAUGAUUGUGAUAUAUGUAUGGAAUCUUGUCUUUUUGAUGAUAUAUUUGUAUUUGGUUGUGAUCAAAGUCAUAAAUUAUGUUAUCAAUGUUAUGAAAAAUCAUGUCGAAAUCAAAUGGUCACUAAUAAAAUCUUAACAUGUGCACUUUGUUCCUAUCAAUUUCAAUAUGGUGAAUUGAAACAAUUACGUAUAUCAUCAGAAGAACUUGAUCAUUUUAUCCAAUAUCAAAUUCAAAAAACUUUUGAUCGUUGUUAUGCUAGUGAAACUCGUGCUUUAAUUAAAUGUCCAAAUCAACAAUGUUCAUCCCAGUGA